AUGGCUUUCUCCCAGCACGACUUCUCAUUGUCGGUAGAGGGAAGUGCCUCAACUCGGGGUACAUCGCCUGCCUCAGGGCCUUUUGACUCUUCUGACUCCGAUCGUGUCAAUGUGAAUGAAGGCAAGCCUAACUUUCCAACGUUCACCGACCCGAUAGCGAUUUGCGGGAUAGGAUUGCGUCUCCCUGGUGGGAUUCGUGAUGGUGACUCUUUCUGGGAUCUCCUGGUCAACGGCAAAGAUGCUCGGACGCCCAUUCCGACCAGUAGAUACAAUAUCUUUGGCUUCAACGGCUCCCUCGACGGCAGAGACCCGAUCAAGACAAUGCAUGGGUACUUCCUAGAUGAAGACCUAUCCAGUCUCGACGCUUCUUUCUUUUCCAUGACCAAGACUGAACUAGAGAAAUGCGACCCGCAGCAACGUCAGCUUUUGGAAGUCACACGAGAGUGUCUAGAAGACGCUGGAGAAACUAACUAUCGUGGUCGGAACGUUGGUUGCUAUAUUGGGAACUUCGGUCACGAUUGGAUGGAGAUUAGCCUUAGGGAGCCGCAGCAUACUCGAAGCUAUAAUGUGCUUGGAUACAGCGACAUGAUAUUGGCUAAUCGAGUAUCAUAUGAGUAUGACUUACGAGGGCCAAGUGUGGUGAUAAAGACAGCCUGCUCAGCAUCGCUCGUCGCCCUCCACGAGGCUUGCCGGGCGCUACAGGCAGGUGACGUGUCUGGCGCAAUUGUUGGAGGAACCAGUCUUAUUCUAGCUCCAACACUGACGUCGAAUUUCUUUGGAGAGGGCAUUCUUUCACCGGAAGGUUCGUGCAAGACCUUUGAUGAAUCGGCCGACGGUUUUGCUCGAGCUGAGGGCAUCACGGCCAUUUAUGUCAAACGCCUUGAUGAUGCUCUCCGUGAUGGAAAUCCCAUCCGGGCUAUCAUUAGGGGAACAGGUUCCAACAGUGAUGGUAGGAGUAUGGGAAUUAUGAGCCCCAGUGCUGAGGCGCAUGAAGCCCUCAUGCGCCAGGUUUAUGAUCAUUCCGGGCUGGAUCCCUGUGAAACUGCUUUCGUCGAGUGCCACGGCACUGGCACCGCAACAGGCGAUCCCAUCGAGACCAAAGCAGUGGGCAACGUCUUCGGUGAACAGGGAGUGUAUAUUGGUUCCGUUAAGCCUAACGUUGGGCAUUCCGAAGGUUGUUCAGGCAUCACUAGCUUGAUCAAAGGUGUUCUGGCUUUAGAGCAUAGGACAAUCCCUCCAAAUAUCAAGUUCAAGAAGCCAAACCCCAAGAUUCCAUUCGUGGAAAAGAAGCUCGUCGUCCCGGUAGAACCAACACCCUUUCCAUCUGAGAAGGCAGAAAGGAUCAGCAUCAAUUCUUUCGGUAUCGGUGGCUCUAAUGCUCACGUCUCCCUGAGAGGAGAGAUUGAUGCUUAUAAGACGUACGCACGUGACCACCCGGGAGCCAUCUCCGACAUUGCUUAUACAUUAGCCGUCCACCGAGAAAGGCUUCCUCAGCGGGCAUUUGCCAUAUGGCAUAAUGGCGAGAUCGAAACAUCAGGCUUCGCCAAGGCCCCUAUGUCCCCUCCGGCCAUUACUAUGAUCUUCAGCGGCCAAGGUGCCCAGUGGGCUGGGAUGGGGAAGCAGCUCAUUCAGACGAGUGCUAGCUUCCGGGAUGACUUGGCAGCCAUGGAUAGCAUACUGCAGAGCCUAAGGAAGCCUCCAUGUUGGUCUAUACUUGAGGAGCUCCAGAAACCAGUUGAGCUCAGCUAUAUCAACCGUGCCGAGCUGGCGCAACCGCUUUGCACUGCAUUUCAGGUAGCGUUAUACCAUCAGCUAAAACGACUCGGCAUGAAACCCACUGCAGUUGUGGGUCACUCGAGCGGCGAGAUCGCAGCGGCGUAUGCUGCUGGGCACAUCACUCUCGAGUAUGCCCUAGCUGCAGCUUACUAUCGCGGAUAUAUCACCAAGAAUGGUGGCAGUUCCGGUGGUGCCAUGGCAGCUGUGGGACUAUCAGCUGCCGAUAUGUUGCCGUUCCUGCGUCCCGGUGUUUGCAUCGCUUGCGAAAACAGCCCCAGCAGCACAACCAUCUCGGGUGAUCGGGAAGUCCUUGAGGAUGUACUGACAUCCUUGAGGAGAGAAAUGCCAGAUGUAUUUGCCCGUCUCCUGAAAGUUGAGAUGGCGUACCAUUCUCAUCACAUGAAGCCAUUGGGGAAGGAGUACUUGGAGCUGCUCCAAGCUGAGAACAAAACUAGUAUCCCAUGUCAUGGAAACAGGGCUCUGUUCCUCUCGAGUGUUACCUGCAAACCCAUAGAUGAUUCAGCCGCUUUUGGCCCUGAGUACUGGGUUGACAAUCUGACCUCCCCCAUCCGGCACCAGGACAGCGCCAAGAACCUCCUGUCUGCUGUUGGCAAGAUGUAUCAGGAGGCUGUGCCCCUGGAUGUCAAGGCUCUCUUUCCCAAGAAUAGCAAAGCUCUGUGUGGACUGCCCGUGUAUCCCUGGGACCAUAGCGGAUCAUACUGGUAUGAAAGCCGGCUGUCCAGCGCCUGGCGCCAGCGCAGAUUCCCACAUCACUGUCUCCUAGGGGAGCGGUCGGUUGAAUCGCCCGAUUUCUCGCCUAUAUGGCGGAACAUGCUCAGUCUUGAAGACGUGGCCUGGAUUGCAGACCAUAAGAUCCGCCAGGAUGUCGUGUUUCCUCUAGCUGGCUACAUUGCUAUGGUGGGAGAGGCAAUCCGACAAACUACAGGAGUCGACGCGGGCUACCGUCUACGACGAGUCGAAGCCCGCAAGGCCCUCGUGUUGCCCGAUUCAAAGCCAGUAGAGUUAGUGACAGUAUUGCACCCUCACAUGGGUGACCGGGCUGAGAGGACCUCCUGGUACGACUUCUCCAUCGUUUCGUGUCACGGCGAGUCCUGGCUGACACACUGUGCUGGCCAAGUAUCGCCGAUGGAUGAAACGGGAACAUCCAUUUGGAAGCCAGACUCUACCGUUGAGAGAAGACUGCCUCGAAAGCUCACCACCACGCGAUUCUACGAAGCCAUGGCGCGGAUAGGAGUCAUUUUUGGACCUGAGUUUCAGCGUCUUGCUGAUAUUACGUCCUCGGCGACAGACCCCCUUGCAGAGGCUCGAGUCAUGAGCACCGAGCCCCAGGAGAACAAGAGGCCCUUUGCGCUGCACCCUACGGCCAUAGACGCAUGUAUUCAACUAUUGAUCGUAGCUGGUGCUCGCGGCCUGUGCCGCAACCUCGACCAGCUGGAGGUACCCGUCGUGGUUGAGAACAUUGAGAUCUCCAGCGGGUCGACCAGCAUGAGGGCCAGGGCACAAGACUUCACUAACGGCGUGGAGUGCGUUACAGAAGACGGCAAGUUAGCAUUGCGCAUGUCUGGGCUGCAACUGGCUCCUCUGGAGGCAGAGGCGACGGAUCUUGUUGAUGUUCAUGCUGGAGCCCGCCUGCAGUGGCUUCCUGACUUCGACUUCGUGGAUGCCAGCACCCUUUUCGACAAACCGCGCCGACCUCAGACUGAGAUCGCACUCGAAGAGCACCUGACUUUGCUCUGUGUGCUAGAGUCGGUGGACAAGGUUGUUAGCAUCGAGCCUUGCCACCCGCACCUUGCCAAAUACCGUGAGUGGCUCACGUUGCAGGUUCGCAUGGCUGAGGCUGGACAGUACGCACUUGUCGAGAAUGACAGAGAAUACGUAAAAAUGCCGCGCGUGGAGCGGCAGAGGCUCAUCGAAGACACAUAUGCGAAGAUCUUGAAACUUCCCGGCCAGCACGCAUUCUCAGUAGGCAUCAAGCGCAUUUGCGAUAAUGCAGACCGUAUCUUCACAGGCGAAGCCGACACUUUGGACUUACUGAUGCAAGACGACGUCCUGGCAGAACUCUACAACUCCGUGAGCUUCGGAUACGGCGAAUUUGUACGCCUGCUCUCCAGCAACCGACCAAACCUUCGCAUCCUCGAAGUAGGCGCAGGCACAGGCGGCACUACCGAGCGAACACUCCGCGAUCUUGUCCAUGGGAGCAGCCUUCCUCCCUACUCCGCAUACACCUUUACCGAUGUCUCAGCAGGCUUCUUCCCACAGGCCAAGGAACGCUUCGCCUACGCGCCCAACAUGCAGUUCAAGACAUUCGACAUCUCCCAAGACGGCCUAGCGCAAGGCUUCGAAGCCUCGUCGUACGACCUCAUCCUUGCCCCUAAUGUCGUGCACGCGACGGCUUCAUUGAAGGAAACGCUGUCUAACCUGGAACCGCUUCUCAAGCCAGAUGGAUUCCUAAUCCUUACCGAACUGUGCUCUCUCAUCAAGUCGCCCAACUACAUCUUUGGCAACUUCGUCGGAUGGUGGCUUGGCGAGGCCGACGGUCGCAACUGGGAGCCGUAUGUGCAGCCCGAGAGGUGGGAUGCAGACCUGAAGGCGGCUGGCUUCACAGGCGCCGAUGCCGCUGUACCGGACCAGGACGUGCCAUACCGGUUGGCAGCGACAAUCAUCUCACAGCCCUCGAGGAAGGCAGGCGUCCAGAAUAUUGACCGAGCUGUCACCUUGCUUUGCCAGAACCCCGAAGCGGACAUUGUGAAGCGGCUCAAAUUGUAUCUGCUGGACGUUGGCUGGGAUGCCCAGACGUGCAAGCUGGGGGAGCAGAUGCCCCCCAAGGGCUGGGACAUCAUCGCCUGCCUAGGACUGGAGAGCUACUUCUUCGAUGAAGACAUGUCGCCGCAUAGUCUCGCCGCAUUCCAGGCAUUGAUACGGCACCUUGACGACGAGAAGGUCCUAUGGCUGAGUCAUCCAAUCCAGGUGAGGUGCAAAGACCCGCGGUCGGCGCAGACACUCGGCGUCGCUCGAACGGUCCGGACGGAGCUUUCACUACCAUUGUUCACUCUCGAGAUCGACACAAACGAGGCUCAGUUCGAAGAACUUGUACACGGUGUAUUUAAGAAAAUUCGUACCACAAAGGAUGAGGGAAGCCUCCAUGCGGAGAAGGAGUUUGUGGUCAAUGACGGCAAGGUUUGCGUUGGUCGCUAUCAUCCGUUCGAGCUGAAGAACGUGCUACCGUCGCGAGCCAUUACGCUGGACUCAACGGCGACGUAUCUUCUAGUGGGUGGAACGGGUGGCCUUGGCCGAUCCAUUGCAACUUGGAUGGCGGAGCAUGGUGCAACCGACUUGACCUUCCUUUCCAGACGCGCCGGCAAGGAUGAAGAGAGCAAGAGCCUAUUCCGGGAGCUCGAAGAUAUGGGAUGCGGUGUCCAUGCGGUAACUGGGAGCGUGGAAAAUAUCGAGGAUAUUGAAAAGGCCAUCGCCAGUUCGAAGAAGGCUAUCAAGGGUGUAUUCCAGCUGGCCAUGGUGCUGAAAGACGCACCUCUAUUAGAUAUGACAUAUUCAGAUUGGGUCGAUGUCAACCAACCCAAGGUUAAGGGGACGUGGAAUCUCCAUAACUCCUUGAAGGACCACCAGCUAGAUUUCUUCUGGCUCGCUAGCUCCAUUCUUACUGCAGUGGACCAGCCCGGACAGGGCAACUAUCUCGCCACAGGGACUUUCCUGGAGGCAUUUUGCCAAUACAGACACUCACUCGGACUGCCUGCCUCAGUCUUGAACAUAUGUCCCAUUGAGGGUAUAGGCUUUGUCGCCGAGAACCCGCAAGCCAAAAAGAACAUGAAGGCGCAAGGUAUAUAUACCUUGAGGGAGCGCGAAUUUCUCGACUUUGUGGAGCUCGGUCUCAUCGACUCCACGCCGUCCUCUAGCUGGAAUCCGGGUCUGACGGCUACACCAUCAACGCCAUGGGUUAACAGGUCUCAAGUCUUUAUGGGUCUGCGCUCCGAGCAGGACCUCGCAGACCCACAUAACCGCGCCAGCUGGCGCCACAAUCGGCGCAUGGGCCUUUACCACAAUUUGCGGCCCAGCGACAACGCCAGUGAUGGGAAAGAAGCCUCGAAGUCGAGCGCACUGAAGACAUUCCUGGGUCGUGUGUCCGAGAUUGGGGACGAAGGCAGUAUGGCGACACUCAUAAGCGGGGAGAGUAUUGAUUUCCUCGCACUUGAGGUUGGGAAGAAGAUCCAUGACUUAAUGCUCAAACCAGAUGAGGAGGUCAAUAUUGGCCUUACGCUUGCUCAGAUCGGCCUAGAUUCGCUGAUGGCGAUUGAGUUGCGAAGGUGGAUCAAGCAAGUGUUUGGACUAACGAUGAGUGUCUUAGAAAUCAUGGGGUUCGGGUCGCUGAAACAGUUGGCGGGUGAUCUGGCAGCCAAGUUUGCCGAGAAGAUCCGUGGACAGUGA